AUCCGAAACACCAUCUUCUCCGUCGCACUGUUGGUUUUGAAUUAACACCGUUGACGGCAACUCCGGCCACUUUACAGUGGACAGUCAUGGCAGAUAAAGAUGACGAGUUAUCGAUGCCAAGGGAUGCGAAGAUCGUCAAGUCUUUGUUGAAAUCAAUGGGCGUGGACGACUACGAACCUCGCGUUCUACAUAAGUUUCUCGAACUGUGGUAUCGCUACGUCGUUGAUGUGUUAACGGAUGCGCAAGUGUAUUCAGAGCAUGCGGGAAAGUCUGCAAUUGACUGUGACGAUGUUAAGCUGGCUAUUCAAUCGAAGGUUAACUUCAGCUUCUCGCAACCACCCCCUCGUGAGGUGCUUCUCGAAUUGGCUCAAAACCGCAACAAGAUACCAUUGCCAAAGACUAUAGCAGGACCUGAUAUCCCACUUCCACAUGAUCAGGACACAUUAAUCAGUCCCAACUACCAGUUUGCAAUGCCAAACAAAAGGCCCCCAGAACCUAUAGAAGAAACAGAGGAUGAAGAAGCUACCAAUCCAAACCCAUCUCAGGAAGAGAAGAUGGACGUGCAGCAGAAUCCCCAUCAAAGAGUGUCAUUUCCCCUGCCCAAACGCCAAAAGGAAUAAUUUGAAGUCCCGUCUGCGACUAAUGCUUAGUUUAGUCUAGCUCAUAUAUAAUUGUUGUACUACCGUGGUUGUUGCAAAAAUCUAUAAAAAAUGGUAGCUUGUUGUUUUAUUCUAUGUAAAGUCAACUAGGUUUUGACAUUGAAAUUAAAUUUCCAAAUGGCUCAUCUUGGUCUGAAUAUAUGCUUCAUUUCAAAGUCCUUGUGAACACAAUCUUUACCUCAGCUGUAUGAAACUCAGCGAUUGAUUUGGUGGAGCCUUGCAAACUUUGAAAUCAAAUUCAAUAUAGUAUUCAUAAGGAUAUGAAGUAACGGUAUUCUGUUUAGUUUGUUCAACGAAAAAUUGAGCUGUGCAUAUAAUUGCAAUUUCAAUGGCUCAAUUUCGAUUGAAUAUUGAACAGUUUUUAAAAAAUAAUAGAACUGUUGUAUAAGUGUUCUGCAACUUGUCCUAUGCUGCAAUCAGAAAAUUCAAAUUCAAUCACAAGCACAGCUUCCACUUCUGUACACGCUCUAUGGUUAGUUUUGUUCUUAGACUUUUUCAUCCGAACACAUGCUGUGAGAUGGCUGUCAAGAUAGGUCACUGCUGCCUAAAGAAGACAAAAUCUUGAGACAGGUUUGAGGUGUGACCCGAUACUAUUAAAGUUUCAUUUUACUG